GACCUCUAGUCAUCUGACAAGUUGCCGCGGGUGAAAACCGUACGGACGUGUGGAACGGUGUGUAGAUAGAUUGUCCACUUUACCCAUCGUUUUUGGCAACAGCGAGAGUUUAGAUUUUCUUCACUACCCCCGUAGCACGUAAGAUUUCAGAUGGUUUAAAGAGUGAAGCUCAGAGCGUAGUCACCAGACAUGAACUACUUUGGGCGCUUCCUGUCCAACUUCAAGGAGUUCUACAACGAGAUCAACGCGGCGACGCUGACAGGAGCGAUCGACAUCGUGGUGGUACAGCAGGAGGAUGGGUCCUACAGCUGCUCGCCGUUCCACGUUCGCUUCGGGAAAAUGGGUGUCCUGCACAGCAGGGAGAAGGUGGUUGAUGUCACCAUAAAUGGUCAGAAUGUGGGUCUGCAGAUGAAGUUGGGGGAGGCUGGAGAGGCCUUCUUCGUACAGGAGUCUUCCGAUGGCAGCCUGGUGCCGUUUUACCUGGCCACCUCACCUAUACCCUCAGGUGCAGAAGAGAUGAUGGAGGAGGGGGUCCGGAGGAUGCGGGAGGACCAGAGUCUUGUGGAGGAGGUGAUCCGACACGUCGCGGUCCAGACGGACAUAACGGCGCGGAACCUGAGACAGUCCGCCUUCGGCAAGUCAGAGGGCAGGGGCCCCGCUAACAAGGUGACAACCAUCCAGGUCCUCUCGCCAGAGGAGGAUAAGAGGAAGAGCGGGAGCAGUCUGGACGAGUUCACCACCCCGUCUGACGAGAUCCGAUCCAUCGCAGACCAGCUCAAGGAGCCGGAGGGCGCCUCCGACGAUCGCCCGAAGGUCGUUCCGAGUCCGUCCGAUGUCCCAGAUAAGAAGCAUCAUUCUGUCCUUGUGCAGACGGAUGCUGUGGACUUGGGGGCGAUGGAGAAACUAGAGAAGGUGGGGCUGGAGUUUCAGCAGCUGCAAGUCUCGGACGGAGACGAAAGCGAUCUUGGAGACGACGAGAGAAAAGGAGCGGCCGACAACAGCGCAGGCAGGAAAAGAAAGAUGAAGAGAAGGAGCAGGAAUGAGUUGAGAAGGGAGUCUCCUCGGUCCGAGCAGAAGGAGGAGGGAGUUUUUACAAUAGAUUUGGGCGAGGAAGAAGAAAAUGACCUUAACGGCCACUUUCCGCCAGGGCAGGCGCCAGGGAAGGCGGACCAGAGCCGACCUGACAUCUACCCGUACUCCGACGGCGAUGUGACCCCUGCCGUGCAGCCCUCGAGUCCCGUGGGCAGCCGCCCGCCCACGCCGAAGAGCGACACGGAAAUGGAGUUGCAGAGAAGGGGCUCGCUGACCAAGGCGCAGGGAGAGAUGCUGACCUGGAACUGGGGAGAGCUGCCGCAAGGACGAUUCUGCGCCACUGACCUCCUCGGCCCAGCCUUCCCCCAAGCCGGGGAGGAGGGGAAGGCGUCCAUGUUGGGAGGGGUGUUCCAGUUCAUGCGGCGGCCGUCCUCCAGAAAGGAAGACAUCGAGGGUGGACUUUACCUCGAUGAUCUGGAGAGUGGGGAGAUCGACCCCGAGGUGGCCGCGCUGUACUUCCCCAAGACUACCUCCCACCAGGCCAUCAAAACCGCCAAAGACAGUGUAAAGGAGGAGGACAAUUUCUCGGAGCAGAGCUCGCUCCCGCAGAGCCCCCACUCCUUCGGAGGGGCCUCGGGCGGCUUCGACAGCGGCACGGAGACAAACCCAAUCUUCAUCGUAGAUGAAGCCACAGAGCAGGUCGUUGACCCUGCCAUGUCCCUGUGUGGAGGCCUCACGGCCACCAAUAAAGACAUCCCUGACGAGAAGUUCAUGUCCGCCAUCGUGACCCACAAGGACUUGUGCGAGAAUCCCAGCAUCCUGAGCCACCCGGACCUGGUGCUUCGCAUCGAGGGGAAGUACUACACCUGGAAGGUGGCCGCCCCCACCAUCAUGUCGUACGUCAUGUUCCAGCAGCCUCUCCCGGAGGGCGCCAUGAGCAGGCUCGCGGAGGAGGAGAACCUUCCCGCGAAGAAAGAGGAGCCCAAGAAGGAGGAGGAGCCCAAGAAGGAGGAGAGCGGGAGGCUGUCGUCCUGGUUCUCCUGGCGGCGCUCCCACAGCGAACAGGAGGGCGGGGCGAGCGCGGCGGAAAAGGGCGCGUCGUCGGCCACCAGCAGCCCCAUCACCAGCGCCGAGAACAGUCCGGCGAAGCACGACGUCAAGCCCGCGGCGCGAUCCCGUGACUCCACCUCCGACAGCGAGCAGGAGGGGCAGAUGAAGAGGGAGAGAAGGGACCGGAGACCGUCCGGUAAGAAGCUGAAGAAGGUCAUCCGGCUCACGUCCGAGCAGAUCUCCAAGUUGAACUUGCGACACGGCGCGAACGAGAUCGUGUUCUCCGUGACCACGCGUUACCAAGGCACCUCGCGGUGUAAGGCCACCAUCUUCCUCUGGCAGCACGACGAGAAGAUCGUCGUGUCGGACAUUGACGGGACGAUCACGCGAUCGGACGUGUUUGGGCAGGUUCUUCCUGUCUUCGGGAAGGACUGGAGCCAGGUCGGUGUUGCUCCGUUGUAUGACAAGAUCCACCAGAACGGCUACAAGUUUCUCUACCUGUCGUCGCGGGCCAUCGGCCAGGCGCGCGCCACACGGGAGUACCUCCAUUGGGUCCAGCAGGGGGACAUCAAGCUGCCAAAAGGUCCCCUGCUCCUGGCGCCCAGCUCGCUCAUCGUCGCCUUCCAGAAGGAGCUAAUCGAGCGGAAGCCGGAGGAGUUCAAGAUCAGCUGCCUGAAGGACAUCCAGGCGCUCUUCCCGCCCGCCUGCAACCCGUUCUUCGCGGGCUUCGGGAACAAGGUCAACGACGUCUGGGCGUACCGAGCCGUGGACGUCCCCAUCUCACGGAUCUUCACUGUCAACCACAAGGGCAUCGUGAAGCAAGACGGACUGCCGGCAUUCCAGUCUUCCUACAGCAGCCUGUCAGGCAUGGUGGAUCACUUCUUCCCGGCGCUGGACCGCGGGAGCACGACGGAGUUCGAAAAGCCGUCGGAGUACAGCCUCUUCACGUACUGGCGGGAACCCCUGCCUGACAUCAGCGUCGACAUCGACCUUGGCACGACCACUCAAGAUCCCCCCGCGGAAAAGACGAGAGAGAAAGUCGCGGAGAAGAGCAAAUAGAUGAGUUAUCAUGAUGGGACACUUUUGUACAUUUGAUAAUGAUUGACAUGAUAAAUCUACUUGCCACUAAUUUUUUUUCCGGAACAGAGUAGAGUAGUAAGUUGAGACCCUUCGACUGAGAAGUCUACUUGCCACUGGUUUCUUUUCUGAAACAGAAUAGAGUAGUAAGUUGAGACUCUUCGACCGAGAAGAGUUACAACUUGUACCUUUCAUCA